AUGACGUCACUGUCCGCGUCACUGUCUGGGAAGACAAUCAGGGUAUACCUAGCAGCCGUCCGCCACCACUUUGUAUUGAAUGAUGGUCCGGUGGAUCUGCUCAGAGCACCCAGGAUACUGGCCUUGCUGAAGGGCAUCGACCGUGACAAGCUGACGUCCAGGCCAAUGCCUGUGCCUCCGUCAUCCAGACGUGCGGUGACACCCAACGACCUCAAGGCUAUCCGCGAAUUCCUGGAGUUCUCGCAUUAUGCACCGCAAGACAAGGCCAUGCUCUGGGCAGCAGUACUCACAGCUUUCCACGGGCUCAUGCGUGUGAGCGAGUACACGGCGCCAUCACCAACAACGGUGGAUGCUCACAGGACUCUUCAGAGGAGCCAUGUCGCCCUCUCAGAGGAGAAGGUCACGAUCACCCUAGGGGUAACGAAGACGGCACAGUCGGGCGCUGGGGGCACAGUGUUACUGCAUGCAAGCAGGUAUCCCGCAACCUGCCCUGUGCGUUCAGUCGCUGCCUACAUAAGUGCCAGGGAGUGGGCGGAUACAGGUGCCCCAUUCUUCGCCUUCCGCGAGGGGCGCUACCUAACCCCGGGCGACGUGAACGCCAUUCUCAAGAGGGCUCUCGGCCCAGGCGUUUCAAGCCAUUCUCUGCGGAUCGGUGGUGCUACGGCCAUGGCCGAACGACAGGCCCCGGAGUGGCAAAUUCAAGCGGCAGGGCGCUGGUCAAGCUCUGCGUACAAGGCGUACGUCCGUGUCCCGUCGGGCAUGCCAGCUUAUCAGCAGACAGAGCUAGCGUAG